AUGUCAUUUCCUGACAAGCCGGUCGCUCACCUGCUGGGCUCGAAUGGACCUGUCCACGCCGUCACGUACUCUGCCUCCUCCGGCACCUACAUCCUCACCGGCUCAGCAGACCGCAGCAUCAGACUCUACAACCCGGCGUCCCACGACCAACCCGCGCGCUACGGCGCAACCAUCACCAAUAAGAAACCAGGAGCCCCGCCGACGGUCCCUGAAGGCCGCCUCAUCCAGACCUACGCCGCUCACGGCUACGAGGUCCUUGACCUCUCCGUCUCGUCGGACAACGAGCGCUUCGCCUCCGCCGGCGGCGACCGCGCCGUCUUCCUCUGGGACGUCGCGACGGCCAAGACGACGCGCCGCUUCGGCGGCAACGCGCACGGCCACACGGCGCGCGUCAACUGCGUCUCCUUUGCCGGCGACGGCGACUCGCUCGUCGUCUCGGCGGGCUUCGACACGAGUGUGCGCGUAUGGGAUGCCAAGUCCAGCUCGGCCAAGCCCGUGCAGGUCCUCGACGAGGCCAAGGACGCCGUCACGGCCCUCGCGGUACGCGGUGCCGAGAUCGUCGCGGGCAGUGUGGACGGCAGAGUGAGGAGCUACGACGUGCGCAUGGGACGGUGCGUGACCGACGUCAUCGGCGCGAGCGUGACGAGCCUGCGGCUCACGCGCGACGGCAAGGCCAUGCUGCUGGGGUCGUUGGAUAGCAAGAUCCGGCUGAUGGACCGAGAGAACGGCGCGUGUCUCAAGACAUACGCGGAUGGCGCGUGGAGGAACGAGGAAUUGCGUGUGCAAGCCGUGCUCGGCGGCAAGGAGAAGUAUGUCAUUGCCGGCGACGAGCUCACCGCUGGCACGGGGCCGGCAGGGUUGAACGGCGACGGCAAGAUCUGGGCGUGGGAUCUAUUGACCGGCAAGUUGAUCGCAACGGUGAGAGUGCCAAGCCCAGAGGGCUUCGAGCCGAAGAAGAAGAUGCUGGGGAAAGACGGCAAGGAGAAGGAGAGGAGCAAUGUUGUCAGCUGCAUAGCCUGGAGGGACGAUGGAUGGGGAGACCAGUUCUGUGUCGGUGGCACAUCAGGAGUGGCCACCGUCUUUGGCUCAUUCUAG